AUGUCGUCUACGAGCCCGCUCGAUGUCGGCCUCACAUUGGGCGCUCUCUACGUUGGAUUGUUGUUCUCAAUUUUCUUAUUCGGAAUCGCUACUCUGCAGUCAUACAGGUACUUUGCAGAAUACCCGAAAGAUACGCUCGCCCUGAAAUGCCUGGUAUCCACCAUAUGGGUGCUUGAUGCUAUUCACUGCGCACUUAUCUCGCAUUCUGUAUAUUACUACACGAUCCAGAACUACUUCAACCCAAAGGUUCUGUCAACCGCAGUGUGGUCGCUAGACUUGCAAAUAGCUCUCUCCAAUGUCGUAGGCUGCACCUGUCAAGCAUACUUUAUCUUCAGAGUCUGGGUGCUCGGCCGCUCGUAUCUGGUUACAGGUGUAUGCGCGCUGGUAACCCUCACGUGGCUGGCCCUGGGUAUGGUCGUCACGUACAGCGCAUUUCACGACGCAGAGCGGAGCAUCAGUUUGUGGGAGAAGGCUUUUGGGUGGGGCGUUCGAUCCGGAUUGUCUCUUCCUACAGCCGCCGACGUGUGCAUUUCUGCGUCAUUGAUAUUCUAUCUGUUUCCGAAGAGGCAUGGUCUUACGAGUACCAAUCGGUUGAUCAAGCGAAUCCUCAUCUUUACAAUUGAAACGUGCUUGAUAACGUCGUCUGCCACGAUUGUCGAUGUGAUCUGCUUUGCGUCGAUGAACAACUUCGUAUAUAUGGGCGUAUACUUUGUUUCAUCCAAGCUAUAUGUUAACGCACUCCUCGCAUCUCUCAACGUGCGGAAAGAUCUGAGAGCCAACUACGCGGUCACUCCUAUAUCAAGGAUGCAACUCACCGCUCCCGGAUCCGCGAAUAUUCACUCCUCCUUCCCGCGAUCUCCCGCGAACGGGGUCGUACUGCCAGAUCAGAUUGAUCUUAAAUCCCCUACUGGCACAACACUUGGGGGCCUUGAGGACGAAGGACCCAUUGCAUGUUACAAACGGGCGCAUCAAGUUUAG